CUCCUUACGCGAGUUCCAAGUCUUUUUUGAGAAGACCUAGACGAGCUACAGAAAGUUUAGUAAUUAACAAAAGUGUUCUUUUAAAUUUCAUCAAGGGAUCCUCCCCUCGAGUCACAGAAGUUGAUCGUAAGCCUGAAGAUUCGGCAUGAAGGUAACUAAAUACGUCUGCUGUGUUUUGGUGCUUGCAUGUUUGAUGAACGCGGUGUACUCCGAGAUACCACAAAAUAAGGUUGAUCAACAAUUCUUGGAUGCGUUUGCUACAGAUGAGUUUUUGAAAUCGAAGAGACCGUUCUGCAAUGCCUUCACUGGAUGCGGAAAGAAGAGGAAUUUCCAGGAAAAUCCGUCGAGCUUCCAGGACUCGGAAGGAAGCGGUAGCAUUCGACUUCCGCUGCCCGUUUACAAAGCACUCUUGAGAGCAGCUUCUCAAAGUAUUCGAAACACGAUCAAUCGUGAUUCGAACGAAUAUCGAAUGUUGGCAAUCCCGCAGGUUUAUCUAUCCGGUAAAAUGCCUCUUCAUAAGAGAUUCGACGUUCCAUCAACUUCUUUAGAAUGAUCUGUUCCCUAAACUUUAAAUGCAUCAACGAUGAGAAUCUCGUCGCGCCGUACUGAAUUUAAGAAAAAUCACUUUGUUAUAGCCAGACUGCGAAUAUUUAUGCAAUUAUACAUUUUAACAAUAUAUUUUUCUGCUAAGAAGAUGCUGGAGAAAAGUAUUAAUUUAUUCUGAAGACUUUACAUAUUUGAUAUCUUCUGAAUAUUUUAUUCCACUUUAUAGUAUCUAAUAUAUGUUACACAAUCUCAUGUGUUACAAAUACAUAAAUAUUCGUGGUCUAGUCAUAACAAUAUUUCCACUUCUGUUUUCCUCGCUCUCUUACGUGUACCUAAAUUAU